AUUCUCAAUUUUGAAUUUGUCAAGGCUGCCUGGUAACUUAUUAAAUUUGUCCUCUUUCUGUUGAUAUAUAAGGCUCUAUAUGCAUGUUAAAUUAAGAGAGCUAGGAAAGGAAAUAAGAAACUAAUUAACAUGGUUAAGGCACAAAGCUCCUCCUACUUUGUGAUCUUGGCACUUUCUAUAGCUGUUAAUCUGUUAUUGGUUUUCCAAUUCUGUGUGGAUGGAGAGUGGAGGCUCACUUGGAGUAAAAGAGCAGCAGAAGAAGCUGAGCGUGUGGCAGCCAUUUCUUGCUCAGGCCAUGGAAGUGCCUAUUUGGAUGGGUUGGUUCUUGAUGGAAAGGAACCAGUUUGUGAGUGUAAUUCUUGCUAUGAAGGCCCAGAUUGCUCUGAGUUUGUAACUGGAUGUGCAGCAAAUGCUGACAGUGGAGACCCGUAUUUCUUGCAGCCAUUUUGGAUGCAACAUGCAGCCCAAAGUGCAGUUUUAGUAGCAGGGUGGCAUCGGAUGGGAUAUAGCUACGCUGAUGGCUCUUACAUCUCAGCAGUGCUAGAGGAGCACAUCCGUCAAUUGCAUUCCACUGUGGGAAAUGCAGUAACUCAAGGAAGAUACAUUGUGUUUGGUGCUGGCUCAACCCAACUUCUCAAUGCUGCAGUUCAUGCAUUGUCUUCUGAUAAUUCUUCCAACUCCUCCUCACCUGCAAGUGUUGUAGCUUCAAUUCCUUAUUACAGGCUUUACAAAACGCAAACGGAAUUUUUUCGAUCAUUGGACUAUAGGUUUGAAGGAGACACAUCCUCAUUGCUUAACAUUUCAGAAGCUGGCAAAGUUAUCGAGUUUGUAACCUCACCAAACAAUCCUGAUGGAAAGCUGAAUAAGGCAGUUCUUCAUGGCCCCAACUCCUCUGCAAUUUAUGAUCGGGUCUAUUACUGGCCACAUUUUACAGCAAUUCCGAAUCCAGCUGAUGAUGAUCUUAUGGUAUUUACACUUUCCAAACUCACUGGUCAUGCUGGUACUAGAUUCGGAUGGGCAGUGAUAAAGAACGAGUCUGUGUACCAAAAAAUGACGGAGUAUAUGAGUUCAAGUAGCAUGGGUGUUUCUCGAGAUGCUCAGCUAAGAGCUUUGAAGCUUAUCAAUGUGGUGCUUGAAACUAGAGGCAAGCAAAUCUUUGAAUUUGGAUACCACACCAUGAGGAAUCGCUGGGAAAGCUUGAGCAAAACCUUGUCUUUGUCAAACCGCUUUUCUCUGCAGAAACUUGGGCCACGAUAUUGCACUUAUUUUCAGAAAAUUAGAGGACCCUCACCAGCAUAUGCGUGGGUGAAGUGUGAGAGGGAAGAGGAUACAGAUUGCUCUGAAGUCCUCCAAGCAGCCAAUGUUAUUGGGCGUAGCGGAAGCAUAUUUUCAGCUGAAGACCGCUAUGUACGUCUCAGCCUCAUAAGGAGCCAAGAUGACUUUGAUAUAUUGAUUCAGCGACUAAACCAGUUGGUCUCAGAAGAAAGACAGCAGCAAAACCAUGCAAACAUUUUCUUGCAGCUCAAGAAGCCUCUGAUGAGCACCUUAAGAAGGGGUCUUGUCUAUUAAUAAUUAUAAACUUUACAUUCUAUCAAAUUAAUAAGAAAAUUCCACCAUAUAUUUGCAUGUGUACAUAUUAUUAAAUUGAAUAAUUUUCAACUUUAUGUACACUCAUCGUCUGUUUUUUCUUUUUAACAUUCUAUAAAAUUGAAUAAAUUGUGGAGUU